CAGUAGAGACACCGCCAUCAUUUCGAGGCAACAAAGUCGGCGCUCGUCGAGUAGACUAUCGAAAACUCAUAGACAACGUCAUGGCGGCCUUUGUGUGGGACGAGAGGUUCGCGGGCGCCGCCCGGCCAUUCCUCCAGGCUCUCGCCACGGCUCUGGCCGUUGUCGUUGUUCGCUCAAUCUACCGAGGCGUCAGAGUGCGCCUGCGAUACAAGCGCCUGGCACGCCAGGGAAUUCCCAUCAUGCCACACUCGUGGCUCUUUGGUCACAUUCCUCUCGUUGCUCGCUUCCGCAGAGAGUUCCCUUCCGACCUGCACAUCUCCCAUUUCCAGCUCGAGCUGAACAAUAACCACCAAAAGUACUUCCCCGGCCUCAAGGCGCCUCCGCCGGUAACGUAUCUCGACGUCUGGCCACUGGCGGACCCGAUCUGCCUGACCCUUGACCCGGCCAUCCCUCCACAAUACACGCAGACAAAGUCACUCCCCAAGGCCGAGAUGGUGAGGUACUUUAUGCGGCCCCUCUGUGACGAUCGCGACCUCGUCACCCUAGAGGGCAACGAGUGGAAGCUCUGGCGCUCCCGCUUCAACCCAGGCUUCAGCGCCCGCAACAUCAUGGCCCUCGUGCCAACAAUCCUUGAAGAGGUGGACGUCUUUGUGCGCCAGCUCGAGCAGCUGUCUGGACCCGGUGGAAGCUGGGGCAAUGUGUUCCAGCUGGAGAAGAAGGCCAUGAAUCUCACCUUUGACGUCAUUGGUCGCGCGGCCCUGGAUAUCAAGUUCAACGAGCAGUCGAGGGCAGAGCCUGGUCUCUUCAAGAACGCCUUCUUCAGCCAGCUUUCGCUGAUGGUCGUGGGCGCAUCCAUCAAUUCCAUGGUCUCUCGCCGCCUUCCUUCUUAUGCGCGCAAGAAGGCCAAGAAUGCCGAGAUCAUGGACGCCUAUCUGAUUCCGUAUGUCCAAGAGCGCGAGGCUGUCGUCAAGGAUCAGACUGCAAACAACAGCGCGAGCAAGGCCUCGGAAAAGAUCAUCAUCGACCUUGCCCUCCAGUCUAUCGAGAAAGACGGAGAGUCGGACCAGCUGCGCAGCCAGCCGGGGGGUCCUCUGAUGCAGACACUGCUGGCACAGCUCAAGGUGUUUCUCUUUGCCGGCCAUGACACCACCGCGAGCACCAUCGCCUUUGGCUUCCACCUGCUCAGCAAAAACCCCGAGUGCCUGGCCAAGCUCCGGGCGGAGCACGACAGCGUCUUCGGGGCCACCGCCGCCGACAUCCAGAGCACGCGAGCACAGAUUGAGGCCUCGCCGCAGCUGCUGAACCAGCUGCCCUAUACCACGGCGGUCAUCAAGGAGACUCUGCGCAUCCACCCACCAGCUGCUUCCUGGCGGCAGGGGCAACCCGGAUUCUUCCUCUCUGUGCCCGGCUCGGACAUCCCUCACCCCACUGAGGGUUUUAUGAUUCUUGAUGCCACCAGGUCUGUUCAACAACGGCCAGGGGCAUGGGAAAGGGCAGGCGAGUUUGUCCCGGAGCGGUUCCUGGCCACGACAGAGGCGGGCAAGCAGCAGGACGUCGAGAUCCAAGCCCCUCCCGCCAGCGGCUGGCGCCCAUUCGAACACGGGCCGCGCAACUGCAUCGGGCAAGAGCUGGCCAUGACGCAGCUGAGGCUGGUACUUGCGCUCGUCGCCAGGAGGUUCGACAUUGAAUGCGCGUGGGACAAGUGGGAUGCCCUGCAGGGGCGUACGGGAGGCGCGACCGCAAAGAACUCGUACAAUGGCGAGAGGCUCUAUGCGUACGGCGAGUCGACCGCACAUUGCAAGGACAAUAUGCCUGCUCACGUUCGGUUGAGAGAUCUUCCAUAAAGCACGUCAGAACCCGGCGGGACGUGCUAUGAGAUGAAUCGCGUGGCGGGAUCUCACAUGUCAACAUGUCAGAGUUGUGUUACCUUUUUCAUAUCAUGCAGUUGUGGCUAAGCGGCAUCCUUGAGAAUUCUUAAUGUUAUUCAUUCUAUCUUCGCAUCGGAU